AUGGCCACCCCCUCCUCCACCUCCGCCGCCCUCCAAAAACACACCCCCAUCGUAAUCUCCGGCCCCAGCGGCGCCGGGAAAUCCACAAUCCUGUCCCGCCUCUUCGCUGAGUAUCCCGACAAAUUCGGCUUCAGCAUCUCGCACACGACGCGCGCACCGCGGGGCACGGAGAAGAAUGGCGUGGAGUACUACUUUGUGACAAAAGAGGAAUUCCAGCAGCUGGUGGACAAGAAGGGGUUUGUGGAGCAUGCGCAGUUUGGGGGGAAUUGCUAUGGGACGAGUAUUCAGGCGGUGAAUGAUAUUGCGGAGAAGGGGCGGGUGUGUAUUCUGGACAUUGAGAUGGAGGGCGUUAAACAGGUUGCGAACCACCCCACCUUCCCCCGCCCACGGUUCUUGUUCUUGUCGCCGCCAUCGAUGGAGGUCCUGGAGAAGAGGUUGCGGAGCCGGGCGACGGACAAGGAGGAGGCCAUUGUCAAGAGACUGAACCAGGCGAGGGUGGAGAUGGAAUUUGCGCACAGUGGAGAGGCACCGCAUGACAAGAUUGUGGUCAACGAUGAUCUGGACAAGGCAUAUGAGGAGGUCAAGAAGUUUGUCCUUGGAGAUGAAGCUUAA